AUAGUCUUUGUCUUGAAUGAAAUUAUUUGAGUUGACUAAAAUUGAUGAAAUAAAUUGUUUCGAAACAUAGAGAAAUUAAUUUAUAUAUUGAAAAUAAUUCAAUUUUUUUUUCAAAAAGUAAAAUUUGAAAACAAUAGCAUAUAAUGUGAUUUAACAAGGAAAGUUAUAUUUAAAAUUAUUAUUUUAUUUUACAUGAAUUUAAUUAGUCGAAUUAUUAUUACUAUUUUCAAUGUAUUUCAUCAAUAUGUUACGAAUGCGUAGUUUCACAGUAUAACUUAGAUGCUUUCUUUUUUCUCUUUCAUUUUUUUUUAUUGAUCAUCGUUUCUUUUGUCAUAUUGAGUAAAUAUAAUGAGGAGUAAAAUGCCACCAUUUCGAAGGAAAAAAUCUGGAAAAUCUUUUCCUGUUAAAGUUUGUACAUUGGAUGCUGAAUUGGAAUUUAGUUUAGAGUGGAGAUCAACAGGAAGAGAUCUUUUUGAUUUAGUUUGUCGUACAAUAGGAUUAAGAGAAACAUGGUAUUUUGGACUUCAGUAUGAAGAUGCUAAAGGAUUUAUAUCUUGGUUAAAAUUGGAUAAAAAAGUACAAGAUCAAUGUAUUUCUCAACAACCCACAACACCUUUUAUGUUUUUGGCAAAGUUUUAUCCAGAAGAUGUUGCUGAAGAAUUGGUACAGGAAGUAACCCAACAUUUAUUUUUUUUACAAGUGAAACAAGCUAUUCUUUCGAUGGAUAUUUAUUGUCCACCAGAAGCAUCUGUAUUAUUAGCUUCUUAUGCAGUACAAGCAAAGUAUGGAGACUAUGAUGAAGUUUCAUAUCGUCCAGGAAUGCUUGCUAGCGAAGAUUUAUUGCCACAAAGAGUUAUUGAUCAAUAUCAGAUGACACCUGAAAUGUGGGAAGAUAGGAUAAAAAUUUGGUAUGCUGAUCAUCGUGGGAUGUCCAGAGAUGAAGCAGAAAUGGAAUAUCUGAAAAUUGCUCAAGAUCUUGAUAUGUAUGGUGUAAAUUAUUUCCCUAUUAGUAAUAAAAAAGAGACUGAUCUUUGGUUGGGAGUCACAGCCUUGGGAUUAAAUAUUUACGAAAAGGAAAACAAAUUGGCACCGAAAACAACAUUCACAUGGUCGGAGAUACGACAUAUCAGUUUUGAUGACAAGAAGUUUGUAAUAAAACCAGUGGAGAAAACAUCGCCGAACUUCGUGUUCUUCUCGCAGAAAGUUAGGAUGAAUAAACUGGUAAAAAAACAAUCAGAUGUUGGCAGCUGGGUGAAGGGUUUGAUAGCUUUAGGAUUCGACGAACAAAACAAUGACAAAGCUGCUCACAUAUUAUUUGUUAAGAUUCUGGACCUGUGUAUUGGCAACCACGAUCUGUUUAUGAGAAGACGCAAGCCUGAUUCCAUGGAAGUGCAGCAAAUGAAAGCACAAGCCAAAGAAGAAAAAUCAAGGAGACAGAUUGAAAGAAAUAAAUUGGCACGAGAAAAACAACUCAGAGAAGCAGCAGAAAGAGAAAAGGCUGCUAUGGAACAACGACUUUUACAAUAUCAAGAAGAAAUUCGUUUAGCAAAUGAAGCACUUAGAAGAUCUGAGGAAACUGCAGAUCUAUUAGCUGAGAAAAGUCGUGUAGCCGAAGAGGAAGCAAUGCUAUUAAGUCAAAAAGCUUCAGAAGCGGAACAAGAAAUUACACGUAUACGAUUAAAUAAUAUGAAAACAGAAGAAGAAAAAGUUCAUCUUGAACGGAAAACUAGGGAAGCAGAAUUGUUGACAGAAAGGCUGGUACAAGAAUCUGAACGAAGAGCUGCUGAAGCAGAAAAAUUAAAAGAUGAACUAUUACGUGCACGUAUUGCUGAGAAGGAAGCAAAGGAAAAAUUAUUAGAAUUUCUUAGUAGAAAUGCUUAUACUGCUACUAUAACUCCUGUGCCAAACAUAUUUCCAUCGACGCAAGUACUUCCAUCAGAUUUACAAGCAGAUCUUCAAACAUUGCAAUUGGAUACAGAACCUUUGCCAACUGACCUCACUUCUUACGAUCUGAUUGCCGAUGGAGAUGUCGAUCAGUUGUCUUUAGAAAUUGAGAAAGAAAGAGUUGAUUACUGGGAAAAAAGUAAACAUUUACAGGAACAACUUAGAGAAUUACGCACAGAAAUUGAAGUUAUGAAAGUUGGAGAAAAACAGUGCGAAUUGGACCAAUUACACGAAGAACAAGUGCGACUCGGUGAGAAUAAGUAUAGUACAUUAAAGAAAGUAAAAUCUGGAUCCACCAAAGCCAGAGUUGCAUUCUUUGAAGAAUUGUAGUUGAUGUGUUCCUAAGAGAUCAAAAAAUUGACGAACUCUAUGAAGAGAAGUUGAAAUGAAUAUGCAAUAAAAUGAAUCUGAUGAAUCUGAAUCUCAUAAACACGUACGUAUGUAUACGUUCUAGAAUACUAAAACGUACGCUUUUUGUUGUAUUUUAGUAGUAGUUUUGUUAAUAUCCCAAUAUUUGCGAUACCAAUAUAAUUAGUAAAUCAUACUCAUAUAGUAAAUUGUCUUUUGAACUUAUAUUAUUUUUAUUCUAUGUAUUUUUGCCUGUUUUGUUAUAUUAAUUUUCAAUUUUAAAUGUUUUAGUAAAACAAUUAGUAAAAUUUAACAAUUAGUAAAAUUUAAUUGCAUAAAGUACAUAUAAAAAAAUCAAAAUUACUAAUAAAAUUAUUAGAUAUUAAUUCUUAUAGAAAUAAGUAAUUUGUAAAAUCGUAAAUAUUUUUUUAAUGCAUAGAAAUUUUAAAACAAAUUAUCUUUUUUUAUAUAAACAUUACAAUGUCCAAAAAGCAUGUAUUUCUUAAUGUUCUCUGUCAUAUUUUGAUAAAAUUGGAAUUAUAAUAAUAUUUUAAUUAUAAAAAAAUUAAUAAUAACAUAAUGCACGUUUAGAUACAAUUAUAUAUAUAUGAAUUCUCUUAAAUUCUCUUAAAAUCGUGAUUGAAUGUGCCUAUAAUAAAUUGUAUUGUAUAUUCUUUAUAUUGUGUGAUUAGAGAAAAAAUUCUCAAAAAAAAAAAAAAAAAAAAAACUUCAUUAAAGCUAUAGUCUAGUCAAACGAUUUAUAAAAAUGAAGCUGAUAACCAAAUUUCUCAUUCAUAAAAAAACAAAAUAUUAAACAUUAUUAUAUUUAUUUACUUUAUUACUAAAAUUUGAAAAUAUGUUUUUAUGCACGAUUAUUAUUAAAUAAUACUAUAAUACUGAAAUGUUUUUAAUAAUCUAUUUAAUUUGAAUAAUUUAAAACAUGUUUACUAAAUAUAAAAAAGAUUUCUAAAAUAAUUAAAAAUAAGUUAUAAAUAUCUAAUAAUAAAAAUUUAAAAAAUUACAUGCACUCAUACAUCAGUCAAAAUAUUUUGAAAUUAUAAAAUAAAGAAUUAUUUAUUAUUAUGUAAUUUAUCAUUAUAAAGAGAAUUUUUUACAGUUAUAUAAAAAUAGUUUUGAAUAAAUAUAUAAAUAAUUUUAAGAUAAUAUUUAUGUAUUAUGACAAAAUUAAUAUAAAAAAUUGAAACCCAAUGUAUGAGUAUGAAAUUUUUUACAUAAUCUGUGUAAAUACAAAAAAAAUUAUUGAUUUUUAUACUGUGAAAUGUAACUAAUAUAAUUGCUAUAUUAGUUUGAUUAGACUAGAGCAUUAAUACACAUAGAAUUUUUGAAUAUUAAAUGUGACCUUUGAAAAAAAUGUUCCUAUCAACAUAGUAGAAAAGUCAGUGUUCAAGUAUUCAAUUAAAAUAUUCAAUUAAAUAAGAUUUUCUAAAUAUUUUAAAAUAUAGUAUAUUUAUUAAUAAUAUAGAUAUAAAUAUAUAUGAUAUAUAAAAAAAUGAUUUUAAUUUUUAUAUUAAAAAAUAUAUAAACUUAUUUUCCUAAAUUUUUCUUUAUUAAUUUAUAAGAUAAAUUUUUAUCAAUUAUUACAUAAACUUAAUGAAAAAAAAUUAUAAAAAAAACUUAAAAAUUUUAAAUUUACUCUAUAUUAACAUUAUAUGAAAUUCUUCUUAAAGUGUGCCAUAAUGAUUAAAAAAUAUUCAUAAUAUUCAAUCAAAUAAAAAAGAAAAAAAUUUAAUUUUUUUGAAUUGAUAUGAUUUGAAUUGAUAUUUAUGAUUAUGUAGUUAAUAUAUUUAUAUAAUUACUUGAACACUGAUUAUUUAAAAUAAUAUGAAAGUAUAGGAAAGGGUAAAUAUUUGUUAUUAUUUUUUAAGUAAUUCUUAUAUUUUGCGAAUUUUUAUUCUUAGAUUUUAUAUAGAGUGUCGAAUAUUCAGUAUUGAAAUAUAUUACAUUCUUUAAAAUAUUUUACCAAAAGUAGUGCAAAAUAACUUACUAGAACUUUUGGCACCAUUAUCUGUGAUUCAAAUAUAUGAAUGUAUUGAAUACUAAAAAAAACUACUUUGAUUAAAAUCAGUAUUUUUUUAUCAUAUAAUGAAAUGUACCUGUAAAUAUUAUUCAUUAAUAUAAUUAUUCAAUUAUUUUAUUCCAUAUCACUUUUUUUUGACAAGUUAUUAUUGAUACUGAAAAUUCUGUCACAAAAUAAUGAAUAUAUAAAUAUUUUUAAAUUUAUGUUAAAGUUAAUUUUUUGUUUUACAAUAAUCAUACUAAAAAUAAAUUUAAAAAUAACUAAUUUUAUUUACAAUUUAUAUAAUAAAAUAUGCACAUUAUUAUUUAGUCUAAAUAUAAACGUAUUAAAUCAUCUUCCUUAGCAGGAUAGUUUGUUACUGGGCACUUUUUGUCUGUACGUAUCACAGGAAGAAUGCAUUGAUAACAGAAUGCAUAACUGUAAAAUGAAAUAUUUAUGAAUUAUAAUUGAAUUCAAUUUUCUAA